CAUACGUUUAAAAUAAGUAAAUACAUUGGAGCAAGAAGAAGUAGCGAUGAUAAAUUUGUGAAACAAUUUGAAAAUCUUUUUAUAGUGCUAAACGAGAGGCACGAAGUUAUAAGUUGGCGUCUAACGAGAACCACGGGCUUUGAAGAAAUAAGGUCGUUACUCGUUGAGCUUAAGGAGCAGAUAGGUAAUACUUUGGAUGCAGUAAUAGUGGACGACUGUUGCAAAGUAAGAACACUCUACAGGUCAGUUUUUCCAGAUGUAGAAGUAAAACUAGACUUAUUCCAUGCAAUUCAACGAGUCAUCAAAAAGAUACCAAAGGGAUCUGAGUUUUCCAAACGAUUUUCAAAAGAAUUGGGUCUGAUAUUUCGAGCAAAUGGAGACUGCGACGAGGUCCGUCAGCUACCCACACCUGAUUGGAAAGUGGUAAUUGAAAAUUUGCAUUCUUUUCGUGAAAGGUGGAAAUCGUUCUUGAACAUGGAAGAAAUGAAGAAAGCACGUUUGGAACUCGACCACUUGAGCGUGCAUAUAAAAAAAGGUUGUUUAUCUGGCUUAAAACCGGGUGAAGGAACGGAAUCGAAUGAGAGGCUUCAUAACACAUUAAAUAAAUCAUUAUUAUGCGGUGCUACUACCACGGGUCCCGAAAUAGCAAUUGCUAUUAUAACUUUAUUAUUCUAUAGUAUGAACUGCAGGAAAAGCGCGAAAAAACAUAAGCAGAAUUCAAGAGUAAUUCCCUUCGUGCCACUCUUCUCGCAGUUCACGUCGAGGAACGUAAAUGAUAAAAAUCCCCACUUUAACACUACCAGUGGGGGAAAAGUCACGUUAGAUGACGCUUGGAAGGCACCAUACGAGGGAAAUAAAGUAUACCCAGACGAAACUGUUGAAGAAGCUGUAGUAGUCAUUGAAACUAUCGAGGACACUCUUAACGAGUCCAUCGCCAGUCUGCUUUUGAAAAACAUGUCCAAGUUGCAUUCGAUUUUAAGUAAAGUCAACAGCGAAUGUCGGGAUCGUUGUUUUAAUGCAUUUGAUAUUCUAAUAAUGCAAGUGGGUAGUAAACAAGUCUUAGUCAAUAGCUGCUAUGCUGAAGAUGACACAGAAAUAAGACACAGAGAAACACUGCAGCGAAAUCUCGACUGUUUUAGUCUCAAAAGGGAUGAAGUCGUCGGUGACGGAGAUUGUGCCUUUAGAACAAUUAUUUCUCAAGUGAGAAAGACAAACCAAUGGAGUGACCCAAAUUCAGCACUUUGUCAGCAUAUUUCGUACCUGGGACUUGGGAGAAGUGCCGACGAAGAUGUAAAUCAGCUCCGUCAACUUUUUGUCAAUAAUGUUCAGAGCAACGAACAUUAUCAAAUGCUCACUGGCAUUCCUUCUGACGAAAUGAACACUGAGACUGAAAGAUUUAGAGAACCUGGAACAUUUUGCGGUGAAGUCGGGGAUUUGAUUAUAAAAGUAUGCUCUGACAUACUUCAAGUCCCCAUAAUUGUUGUGACCAGUAUCAAUGGUUCCCCUUACGUGCCAUUCAUACCCGACGACGCACUGAUCACCAAUGCCAUCUACAUAGCAUAUACCGCAUUUGGUCCAGGGCACUAUGAUGGCACCCUU